AUGUCCUCAGCGGUGACCUUCCCAGGGGUCUCAAAACAGCUCCCCUUCUUGAGGAUACCUGGGCUAGCAUUCUUUAUAGGAAAGCACUUCGGAACGGGCGAGUCUUCAUAUUGCGUCAUACUAUCCACCGCCUUCUGUCAUCUCCUGCAGGACGCGUUCGAGAGCUUGACGAAGCCUGAUGUGCAGAAGCGAUACAAUAAUGUAGGACGGUGGACGGGCCUUAUAAUGUGCGUCCCUCGUAUCUCGCAUACUAACCGAUCGCUCACCGUGUGGGCAAUAGUCUUGGCUCGCUCAUACUCAUAUUCCUCGUCGAAUGUGCGUGUGCUCUUCUGA